AUGUUAUCUUGGAUUCUUGGCAAGAAUGACAAAGAGAAGAAAGAAGAGCUGAUAAGAUCCACCCAGUCCCUCCAUCACUAUGUGCACAAAUACUUCAGCAUCACUAACAGACUGUUGGAGAUACUCAAUACUCACAUGGAGCGAAACAUCUGUCCUGCAGUCUCAGCAAAUGAAAAUGAAAGUAUUGAACAGAACUGUGCCAGGAUGAGAGAGGUCAUGUGUCAGAUUGUUGAUGUUUGUGAAAGGGAGGAGAAACAUUGUAAGAGCAUUGCACCUGAUCUUUAUGAGAAGAUUGCCUUCUCUAUGGUGUCAUUGAAAGACAAGGUUACGGUCAUAAAGGAACUGCAUGAGAACACCAUGGGUAUCAUGGGGAAUGUCUUGUGUCCUUUAGUCACUAUUCAAUUGGCAAGAAGUGAUCUGAAAAAAGUAAUGCCUCCAAUUGAAGAGCUUAAAUCUCAGUCUGAUUCAUCAUUUGUCCUGGGAGAUCUAGUGCAGAGCAGUAAAAACAUCACUAAACUUCUGUGUAAAGCAGAGAACCAGGAGAAGACCCUUGAUGAAGCUGUUCAGUUAGUGCAAGAUCUCCUUUCUAUUCUGAAGCCGCCCUGUGACUCCUACAGUGACGUUCUGAGUGAAGUGCAAGCCAAUGUGAACAUCAUCUCUGAAAACAUCUAA